AUGAACUGUCACCAAGUAUUAAGUGGUGCCUGUAAUUCAGGAGAUCAAUGUUUUGCUGUUGGUUCUGUUGAAGGAAUACCUUUUACAGCAUAUGCAGCAGGAUGUAACAUAGUGAUCUUAGCCUCCAACUUUGAAAGAGUUCAAAUAAUUCCUGGAGCGGUACACAGUUAUGUCCGCAUUGGUUCACUGGACUGUAGCACUGAUACAGGAAAGAUAGCUGCAUCUUAUGGAGCAGAAGUGUGCAUAUUUGAACCAACACCAUUAAUUCACACAGCUGCUACCACUCAUGGUUUAGAAUAUAGGUGGGUUCAAACUGGCAAGUUGGUGGCGGAUGGGCCGAUCACUGCACUGUCAUGGAAUCUCGAGGGCACGCGGCUACUCACGGGCGGCAAGAUAUUGCAAUUAUGGCAUCAGGCGUCGCUUUAUCAAGAUGAUAGCCAACCGAGUUCAGGUGUGACGUUCCAAAUCGGCGGCGACAAGGAUGACAAACCGAAGCAAUCCGAGGAGGACGAACCUGGAUGGAUAUGCGUAUGGCAGUGUCACACAGCUACUCCGGCACAUCACCUGGCGUUUUCACCUGACGGUGUUCUGUUCGCCACAUCUGGCAUCAACGAUAGACUCGUCAAGAUCUGGUACCAGAAUAAAGUUUUAGUUCAAACGCACAAUGAGCAUUCGUCGCAAGAGUUGAACUACACUUUCAUCUAUGUGGCUCAUCCGCGCGCUGUCACACACCUGUCAUGGCGGAAAACUAGCAAGUACAUGCCGAAGGGCAGUGUGGGGAACGUGCUGGUGACAUCAUGUGUGGACAACAUCUGCCGCGUGUGGGCGGAGACACUGCUGCCGGAGGACGAGUGGGGCGGCGGCUGCGUGACGUCACAUUCGCGCUCGCCGCCGCGCCGCCAGCGAGCCACGCACCGUCACAAGCAUCGGUUCAUGCAGCGGCUCAAACACAUGAAAACAUGUUUCCAAAUACGGCGAACGGCUCAGUCGUCUAAGCAGCCGGGGGCGCCCAUCCCAACUUUGCCGUCUACAUACAGCGCACACGACUUCCACAACCCUUAUCAUGCGAGUUCCUACACUGGAGGUCUUCACUUCCACUUAGCAGCUUCGAUAAACGCGGAGACGGAUAUUCCUCUGGUGCCAUCACUUGCCGGCGGCGGUCGCUUUAUACUGCACUGGCUCCACAACAAGGAGAUGCACUUCACCAGCCAAGCAGAGGCUAUACUGCAUGAUUUAACGAAAAAAAUAUUAGAUAAAGAAGAAACAGACGAAAGUGGUUCCGGGUCAGAUCACAACACACAUCAAGAUGGAGAGAAUGAACCAAGACAUAGACGGCCAAGUCAACAUUUGACUAAAAUGCAAUCUGAGGAUAACAGCAAUAGUGAUGAACAAACAGGUAGCGGCAACCAUAGUCACCCCAGUUUAUCAAACACAACAUCGAUAAAUUCCAUCGCAACGGACGUGACGUGUACACACUUACCAGAUUCGCUCGAUGCAAAGAUUGAGUCGCUAUUGAGAGACUGGCACCAGAGUCCCGAUCUACUGUUCUCUAUACAUCCUGUUGAUGGCAGCUUUCUUAUAUGGGUUUGUGAAUGGCUGGACGAGCUGCAAGCGGGCGCGAUCCGCCAGGCGCAAGUGUCGUUCUCGGCGCGGAUCCCGUCGGCGUUUCCGCUCGGGGACGCGACCACCAUGUGCACGCCCGCCGCGCUCUAUCACGCCGCCGCGCAGCCCUUGUAUGUGCGCCACAGGACUAAGCCUGUUAUGCCUAUGGGUCAUCAAGAACAAACGGAACAUGUGACGACGCCAUUGGCAAGUGUGCAGGAAGAGAAAGAAGAAACAGAGUGGCCACAGGGCGAAGAACAAAAUGAUUCACAAGAAAAUGGACCCCGAGAAGAAAACAACAAUGAAAUGCAGCGAAAAAUGAGCGUAGCUGCGGAAGAUACAGGAGAGAAUCAAGAAGGAGACGUAUUGGACUCCGCUCCUGUUAUAUCCAUGGUCACAAACCACACUAAUGGCACGCUCAAUCUCUGGCAGCUAACAUUUGAUGACAAAUCAAAAUUUUCACAGGUAUUAUCUAUAGGUCACGCAUCGAGAGCGUCCGGCCAUAGGUUUAGAGUGAAUGACAUCACAUGCCAUCCAGUAUUACCUCUUUUACUAACUACAAGCCAUCAUAAUAUAUCUGAUAGCGAACGGGAUCUACAUAAGUAUGAGGAUGAUGCAGCAGCAGGCGGAUUAUGCUCUGAAUUAAUUAUGUGGAGAGUGGAGUGCGUGGGCCCCCUCGGCAAGUCCGGUGGCGUCUCGGAGCUCGCCAGGGUUAACUCCCCGCACUUGUCUGCCUUUAGCAACGUUGCCUGGCUACCUACUUUGUUGCCCAGCACAACUCUGGGUAAUUUAUCCAACUCGCCGUCGGCGUGCUUUGUGGCGAGUGACGGUGAAAGUCUGAGAGUGUACCAAGCUGUCAUAGACGCGCGUACACUGCUGGCCGAAAUAGCUACAUCUGAGAGACGACACAAAGAUGUUCUGCACGACACAAUGUCAAUGUCAUCUGAAUCAACCCUGGAAGAAGGUGGCGGCGUUCCUCUCCACGACCGAAUCAAAAUAGUGUCCCAACAAUCCACGGCUCGGCCUGGCGCCGUUAUACAGUUGCAUGCGAUUGCAGACGCCACGCACGACUGGCAUAACACGCAACUCUUGCACGUAUUCCAGGAACAACUUAUAACUGGAGAACGAAGGUCGGUAGAUACAGAUAACGUGGAUUGUGGCGGUGAAAAAUCCGAUGUUAACACUAUUACUGAAGCUGGACUCGAGGCUUUUGUUGAUUUGCGUAAAUCUGCAAUAUUUAACGAACCAUUCUAUAUCGUGGUGCUUGAAAGAACUGAUGGAGGCUCCACUGUUCAUAUGUGGAGGUUGACAGUUUCUUCCCAGGCUGAUCCUAAUGAGGACCUAACAAACAGCAUGAUGUACGUGCCCGAUAGCGCGCUGAUACAGGAGGACGAUGGGGAGUCGCGCCACAACUCGAUGUCUAUGGACAAUGAGCGAACGCCACCUCAACACAGAGAUUCUCACAUCUCUAUAUCUACUAAAAAGGUGUGCGAAUUUCCGCUAUCUUUACCGGAUGGAGUUGACGUGAUUCACGCUACGCCUGCGGCUGGACAUUUAAGCUCCGCCUCGAUAUAUCCUGCUUGUCUAGCUCCCUACAUAAUGGCGACCGCUUGUUCCGAUAGUACAUUAAGGUUUUGGAAAUGCCAUGUGACUAAAAGAGAAGAUGAGGACUUCGAAUAUAAUUGGAAAGAAUGGGAAAUGAUGAACAAAGAUCAGGAAUCGGCAAUAGAUAUUCCAGGUCAGCCCCUCCACAUAAGUGCCGCAUACUCCGGACGUAUCGCUUGUGCGUACAAGUGCGGGCGAUCAUUUACCCGUCCCAAGGGCGGCGCUACUACCAACAAUUCAGAUGCACGAUUUGUCAAUUUAUGCGUUUGUGUGUACGAGUGUGAAAGUACUGGCGGUGCAGAAUGGUUGUUAGAAGAUACGAUACCUUUGAGAAAUGUAAGCCUGCCGAGAGUGGGCGUCUGUACUGAUACACAGAUCGAUUUAUCGUACCUUCACGAUACGUCGUUUAUGCAAAAGAAGCAAAGAAUUAACCAAGUUCUACAAACAUUGUCGUCAGACGAUAGUCGCAGCGUACGCAACGGAGAAGGCGACACGGGUAAAUCCGCUGGUCUAUUGGCCGUGCCGUCAUUUAGCACACUACAAUCUUUACGGAAGAGCAUCAUGGAGAAUGGCAACACUUGUCCUCUUACACAGAAACACUUAGUACAGUUGGACUGGGUUUCGAAAGAAGAUGGCUCUCACAUUUUGACUGUAGCGGUUGGCUCCAGGGUUUUAUUGUUUACACCCGUUUCCAGUGAUUUGGCACAAGCAAAUUUAAAGGCCAUGAAGGAAUCAAUUAGCGCUAAUCGCCCACUCCUACGUAAAGCCUCAUCACUUGCGGCACCGUUGUUUGUCGAAGAGAUCCGAUGGAUGCAACUCCGACGAAUAGAGUUAAAGACCGCUGAUGGAUUGCCGCCCUUGCCAAUGCAAAUGUCUUGGGUACGAGAUGGCAUUCUCGUCGUUGGCAUGGACUCAGAAAUGCACGUGUACUCGCAAUGGAAACCCGAGAAUCAACAGUCGUAUGGACAAAUGGGUGUACCGGAAUUGGAAGAAGGAAGUGAAUCUCGGGCACUCCGUGACUCAGACCUGCGCAUAUCGGCGCCGCACCUACAGCGUGUGUCCUCUAUAAACUUGCAGCUGUUAGAACGAGAUGCAAGAAGACGUAAUAAAACACAGCCCGAUCAACCGCAGCCUCUAUUAGACUAUAUGCCCGACUACGGUUUGUUCGAAGCUUCACAAAUGGCUUGCCCGGUGCUACCACAAUACCAUCCGAAACAGCUAAUGGAACUACUCAACAGCGGCAAAAUAAGAUGGGUUAAAGCUAUCCUCGCUCAUUUAGUGAGAUGUAUUGGUGGCACAUACACUGGACGUAGUUCGCAAGGUGACGAAGACAGUGUAUCAAGACAGCGCGGCUGGUCGCGCUCGCGCACGCUGUCCGUGUCCUUCGCCGCCGGCGCAGCCUCGCCGCUAGACGGCGUCGCACAGAUUACCGAGGACGUACAACUUGAUUACGCUGAGCUAACUUCGGUGCCGCCUCUUCCGCUUUGGACGUUGCUAGUUGCUGAUAAAGAGUCUCCACAUAAUCCGUCCAGUAUACAGGAGGCUAAGGACUACAACGAACUAUUUGAAGGGACGAUACAGGAUACAGACGAUGAUCUAGAUGCCUUAUUACUCGGCGAUGAUGAAAUGGUUGACCGACGACCCUCAAUGCCGGAAAGACAGGCUUUGUCACAUUUUGGACCUAGACAAGGCAGCAUAUUGUCACGCCUUCUCACUCACACUCAUCUGCCGGGCCUGAGUUCAUUGGAUCAGAUGCACCUUCUGGCUUUAGCCGACACAGUGUCAACAUGUGAUGCAGAUUUUGCCGAACGGCUGGCUAGUACCGCAAGAAUUGAUGUCGCUCAGGCAACUGGACAAGAAGUUUUGCCAGAUUCACUAGAUGACUGUGGACUUCGUUUUCUACUUGCCAUGAAGCACUAUGGUUACCUUCUUCGUUGCCUGCCCUUGGCUCAGCGCGCGAACUUACAACGAACAGGCGUUGGCACCUGCAAUCUAGUAUGGGCCUUCCAUUCCGAAACGCACGAACAGCUACUGGCAUUAGUACCAGGAUAUACAAAGGGACAACCGAAGUGGACUACAAUGAGAGAACUUGGUGUCGGUUGGUGGGUCCGAGGCGAGCUACUACGUACUUGUGUGGAGAAACUUGCUCGCGCGUCAUACAUGCAGAAACAAGAUCCGAUGGAUGCGGCACUCUAUUAUCUCGCUAUGAAGAAGAGGAUGUUAUUGUGGGGUCUGUUCCGGUCUAACAGAGACGAGAAGAUGACUUCGUUCUUCUCGAACGACUUCACUCAAGAUCGUUGGCGUAAAGCGGCUUUGAAGAACGCUUUUGUGUUGCUAGGCAGACAACGGUUCGAACACGCGGCUGCCUUCUUUUUACUUGGAGGAGCACUUAAAGACGCUUUAGAAGUGCUAAUCACACGUCUAGGAGAUUUGCAACUAGCCAUGGUGGUCGCGCGUCUGUACGAGGCUGACAGUACUCUACCUUCGAGCUUGAGAAAAUUACUCAUGGACGAAAUAUUGGGCGGUGAGACUGAAGACGGCGAAAUAGACUUAGAACGCGCCCAUCCAGACCCCUUUGUCCGCUCCAUGGCGCUGUGGGAGUUGAAGCGUUACGGCGAAGCGCUGGACACGCUGCUGAACCCAGCCGGCAGACUGCACGCUGCGCGGGAUAAUGAACCUAUGCCCAGCGUCUUCAACUUUUACGUGUAUCUCAGAACGCACCCCAGGCUCAAACGACACAACUUGCCCAGUCAGGGUGGAACUCUAGCCCUUCUGCAACAAGAGCCUGAAGAAGGAAUUACACGUCUCGAACGAAGACUGUACUUCCAAACUGCUCACGGUCACUUCAAGGCGGGUUGUCCAGCGCUCGCUCUGGAAGUACUAUCCAAGUUGCCGGCGAGAGUUCGAGAUGAAAGGCCCAAACAGGCCACUCCCGCCGCGUCUGUGGACGAUUCAGUUAUACACACGGGACAGUUCGGAAUUGACACUACUGACAAAAGUGCAGCAAAUAAAGAAGAGGUCACUAACAUGGAUUGGGGUUCAACUGCUAUGGAUUGGGGCGCGCCAGUCAACGCAACAAAAUCUGAUGAACUAGUGCUCAGCUGGGACGAUGAUAAAGGGUCGGAAGGUUCUGGAGCAUCUACUCCACCUUUAGAGAUGAAAAUGGACAAAAAAGAAGAGCCCGCAGCUAAUGCUGCCCCUGAGAAAGAAGCAGACGAGUCCCCAACUGUAGAUAUCAUGGCUCAGCAAUUGAAGUUUGUGGCAUGUCUAAAGAUUUUAAUGGAAGAGCUUAGUACUCUGGCUACAGGAUUCGAAGUCGACGGCGGGCACCUGCGCUACCAGCUGUACAUCUGGCUGGAGCGCGAGGUGGAGGCGCUGCGGCGCCUGUGCGGGUACCUGUCGGCGGGCGGCGGCGCGCUGCUGUGCGCCGAGCCCGACCUGGCGCCGUUGCCCGACCGCCCCACGCUGCACCAGCUGCUCGUGCGGGAGAAGGCUGACUUCGAGGCCAAGGUGCAGAGAGCCUUGAACAGAAAGAAUUGGCUCAAAGCAAACGAGACCCUACUGCGUACACUCCUGUCUUAUUGCUCCCUACACGGCGCGGGUGGAGGUGGUCUGGCGUCGGUCCGCAUGGAACUAGUCUUACUACUCCAGGAAUUAGGUCAAGAUAAACAACAUCAACAAUUACUAUCACCACUACCAUUCCCGACAACACUGCCGCUGUUGGCUGCUGCGGUAGCUACCAAUAAUACAGUGGUUGCUGAUCCUGUUAGACAUUUACAGUCUGUAGCUCACGAUAUGUUGGGGACUGUCGGAGAGCUGGGUAUUCCUGGUGGGUCGGCUACUAGAAUACUACACACGUUACGAGAGUUGGCUGUGGCGCUAUCGGCCUGCAUUUAUCAGAGCUUGUGUGAUUCCGACACGUUCGGCGUGAAGCAGAGUCAUCAUCAUGAUGGUAUUAUAGCUGAAACCCCCGCAACUAGUCAAAUAUUAGUACGACAGAGACGUUUUUCGACUGAGGAGCUCACUGUGACUACCCCACCGAAUAAAUGGCCAGGCGUAUCAGCUCUUCGCGGUCUCGCUUUACGUGCUGCAGAAGAAGAAGACUCGCCACGUCUAGCAGUCUUAUUAGCGGAAGCUUUCUGUGCGGUGUUCUUGGCUCUACUGGGCUGGGCAACGGCUGCAAGAGAUGCUCAUUUGCUGUAUAGGCUUUCUGCGCACUCGCCACAGAACACCGAUCACUCUAGGUUAUUCGGAGGAGGAGUCAAAAGGCUGUUGACAACAGCACCGGCGCCUCCGCAGCCCAAAUUAGUGGAACGAACGGAAGGCACGUCAGUGUGGUCUUCCCUGCGAGAGAAGCGAGCACUAUUAAACAUGAGACUAUUGGGGCUCGGCCCCACAGCGCCACAUAAAAACAUACAAGAGGGUCGUCCUACGUAUAGGGAACAGUUCGUGCCGCCUCAUUGCAGCAUACUCACAUAUUUGCUCACUAAGCCCACUGCUGAACAAGACCCUGAAAACUACGACUACGAUUCAGCAGAAUCUGGUGCUGAAGAUAUCGAUGACAGCGGUAGUGAAGCCGACGAUGACGAUAUUUUUGAUACGAGUACUACCAAGACUGAAAAGCGGCGCAAAGGUUCAAACAAUGAACAUUCAGAUCCGGAUUCCUACUCAUGGCUUGUGAUGCGCAUCGCAGUUUUACGUCUUGCACAACAAAAACUACAAAACUUCUUACAGCUCUGUGGUAUUGAAAUGUCUGAAUUGGCUACAACUAGUCCAAUGGUGCACGGUGCCUUAAGACGCGUAGAUCAGUGGCAGCAGCAACUGACUGAGACCCUGGAAUCGAGGGCGCCUCCACCGGACUACAUCCCUGGUUGUUUCCCUGACCAACAAACCUCUGGACCUCCUAUUAAUAAGUACAGAUGUUUAAUUGAAAAGCAUAAUACACCAUUCAAUGCAGUCUUGUUUAGUACGGCUCCAGCACGAAGGCUAUGGAACUUCCUCGUUCGACAAGAGCCUGUACAGGACCUGUUCAUCCGUGCGGUAUUCUCUCGCCGUCGAACGCAAUCAGUGACCGCUGAAACAUUGGCAGGAGAAACCCGUCCCGGAUUUAUACCGCAGCAGCAUAGGGACCGUGACAAUGAACUGCACAACCCUGUUCGAAUUAUACACAAGGAGCAGGACUCAAUAGCUGCCUUCUGCCUCAACAAGGUCGGUGGUUGUCUACUAGCAGUAGCCACAGCGCGUGAAGUCCAAGAGAUGGAUGUGUCGCUCCUGCUGCGGGCGGGCGCGUGGUGGGCGGAGGACGAGUGUGAACUUGACUUGUUGGCGCUCGCCGCUGACCCCGCCGCACUACCCGACACCGGCUUCUUACUUAUACAACACCACGACAAACCGAACAGCGGUUCAGUGCCAGGCACUGGAAACAGCUCGCCACUAAAUCCAAACGCGCCUCAAGUGCCAGUAGGCAUGGCCAGUCAAACUGGACGCGGCGCUAGCGUGCUGGAGCGCCGAGGCAGUACGGUCAUGACAGGAUAUGAAGCGUAUAUUGUUAAUGUGCUGAAACACAAAAUCGACAACAUUAAGAGAAUGGCGGCCCAUCCCUCACAACCGUUAUACCUCACGGGCGGUGCGGACGGUUCUGUUCAGCUAUGGGAGUGGGGUCUCCCUUCAUGCGUAUGGUCUCCUCGCGCGCCUGGUGCCUUCGCUAAAGUGACCCGCGUCCGCUUCUCUGACUAUGGCAACAAGUUUGCUGCAUCUGAUGCUGAUGGAAACCUAGCGAUGUGGCAGUUGCAUCCAGUACCGAACCAGCCUGGGCAUUCCCACGCUUCGCCUAGACCGUUCUUUACUCAUCAGUGUCACAGUAAAGGCAUUAGCGAUUUCGUAUUUCUCGGUUCUUGCAGUUUAGUUGCCACAGCUGGCCACAGCUCCGAGAGUAAAAACGUAGCUAUAUGGGACACACUGAUGCCCAUCAAGAAAGCUUUAGUGGUUUCGUGGACGUGCCACGAGGGCGGCGCGGCGUGCGUGGCGUGGGCGGGGUCGAGCGGCGCGCUGGUGUCGUGCGGGCGGCGUGGCGACGUGCUGGUGUGGGACCUGCGCGCGCGCGCCGUGCGCCACCGCCUGCACGCGCACCACGCGCCCAUCAAGUGUGUCGCGCUCUCCCCCAGGGAGGACUACUACGCCAUCGGAGCCGCCGACGGCGACAUCAAGGUGUUUUCUUUAACUACGCAUCAGUUGCUGUAUACUUUUGCGGGCGAGCACGCCAGAAGUUCAUUCUUCAAGCACAUCGGUCAGGGUGUCACGCAAAUACAUAUUGACAACUCCGGUCGGCUGUUCUCGUGUGGAGCAGACGUUCUCGCCAACUUUCACUUUGCGGUGGGCGGGACGCAGUGA